CGCAAAACACCAAACAGUCUCUCGUAACAGCAGUGUCCGCGUGGACACUAAAUUCCGCCGUCGAAGAUCGCGAACAAAGAUUUAAAUCGACGAUCGCGAUUAAUUUAAAAUACGCGCGAUAAUUGAAUCGCGGCGGUAAAUUAUUUUUUUUAGUAAUUUUAGUCAGGUGCAUAAACAACAUGACAGUGAUUAAGGAAGUCAUGUUAGGUGUAAUGCUGAUUGCAGCAUUGGUACCUUGCAUGGAUAGUGCGGAAAAAAAUUUCACCUGCCCAGAACAAACCGGUAACGGAAAUUUUGCAGAUCCCGAAACAUGUAGAAGGUUUUAUCAGUGUGUGGAUGGUCAUCCUUAUGUGAACAGAUGUCCUUCAGGACUGUAUUUCGACGAUAUUAGCAAAUUUUGUACAUUUAAGGCAGAAGCAAGAUGUGGACCAUUGGCUUCUACUCCUGCGCCAGUGACUGAAACUCCGACUGAUCUAGCUGUAAAAUGUAAUCCAGCAAAUUGCUCACUGCCUUAUUGCUUCUGCUCCAAGGAUGGAACCAGCAUUCCUGGAGGUUAUGAUCCACAAGAAAUUCCUCAAAUUAUCAUGUUGACUUUCGACGGUGCAGUCAAUUUGAACAACUUUUAUCACUACCAAAAAGUUUUCAAUGGAAAACGACAAAAUCCUAAUGGAUGUGAUAUAAAAGGAACAUUCUUCAUAGCACACGAAUACAGCAAUUACCAUAUGAUUCAAACAUUGGCCUCUGAAUCCCACGAAAUAGCAACAGAAACAGUUUCAUUGCAACAAGGCCUUCAGGACAAAGGUUACGAGGAAUGGGUUGGUGAAAUGGUUGGAAUGAGAGCUAUUUUGAAACACUUUGCAAAUGUUACAUCUUCAGAAGUCGUGGGUAUGAGAGCACCUUUCCUUAAACCCGGAAGAAAUACUCAAUACAAGGUUGUGGAAGACUUUGGAUAUAUAUACGAUAGUUCAAUCGGCGUACCACCAUCUGCAGUACCUGUGUGGCCUUACACUUUAGAUUAUAAAAUUUCACAUGAAUGCAAAAGUGGUACUUGUCCAUCAAAGACUUUCCCUGGUGUAUGGGAAGUUCCUUUGAACGCCCAUUUCAUUGAAAGUUAUGAGGGUGGUCAUUGCCCAUAUUUGGAUCAAUGCGUUCUCCACAAUAGUGAUGCUGAAGAAGUGUUCGAAUGGCUUCAGGAAGAUUUUGCAAGACAUUAUGAACAGAACAAAGCACCUUACAUGAUGCCAUUCCACACAAAUUGGUUCCAGAUCAAAGAACUUGAAGAAGGUCUUCACAAAUUCCUCGAUUGGGCACAAGGAUUAGACGAUGUGUGGUUUGUAACAGUGACACAAGCUUUAACCUGGAUAACUGAUCCAAAACCUUUGAAUCAACUCAAUAACUACGAAGCAUGGAAAUGCAAUACCCGAAAACCAACAAUUCCAUCAAAACCAUGUAGUAAUCCAAAUAAAUGUGCACUUCCAUUCAAAACAGCAGAUGCUAAUUUUACAGAUACAAGGUACAUGCAAACAUGUGAAGAAUGCCCAAAUAUCUAUCCAUGGUUAGGCGAUGCCGAAGGCACCGGUAUUGCGGGUGUGGACAAUUAUGUUCCAGAAAAUUUAAAAUAA